AUGCUAUUUCUUUCGAGACAAUGUGCCACCAGGAGCUUCCGGACACGUAGCCUCCCCGCGAUUGGCCAUCGCCGCUCCCUGCACCUGGCUCCUCCGUUCCUCCUUGACGACUACAUCCCUCGGUAUCAGACCCUCAGCUCGAGGGACGUGGUCAAGAAGCGCUCGCUGGCGUAUGCCCACCUCCGCAACUGUAACCUCUGCCCUAGAGAGUGCGGCGUCAACCGGUACGAGAAGACGGGCAUGUGCCUCAUCGGGGAAAAGGUAAAGGUCAACACCAUUGCCCCCCACUUUGGCGAAGAGCCCUGCAUUCAAGGCCACAAUGGUAGUGGUUCAGUCUUCAUGAGCGGGUGUAACUUAAGGUGCAUCUUCUGCCAGAACUUUGACAUCUCUCACCAGCGCAACGGCAUGGACCUUACACCCGAGGAGCUGGGAGAUUGGUACAUGAAGUUACAGGAGGUUGGCAACGUCCACAACAUCAACAUCGUCACCCCAGAGCAUGUAGUGCCCCAGGUGGCGCUGAGCAUCCUGCAUGCCAGGGACCGUGGCUUGAUGGUUCCAAUCGUUUACAACACAUCAAGCUUUGAUUCUCUAGCCUCUCUUGAACUGAUGGACGGGUUGGUAGACAUCUACCUGGCCGACUUCAAGGUGUGGGAACCCAGCACCUCCAAAAGGCUAUUAAAGGCCGACGACUACGCCACUACGGCCAGGGAGAGCGUCAAGGCCAUGCACGCCCAGGUCGGAGACUUGUGCUUCACUGGAGACGGCAUCGCCAAGAGUGGGCUAUUAGUCCGCCAUCUUGUCAUGCCAGGCAAGGAGGCUGAAGGAGCCGAGAUCAUGAGGUUCCUGGCCAAGGAGGUGUCCCGCGACUGCUUCGUCAACAUCAUGGAGCAGUACCACCCGGAUGCGCACGUCGGAAAGAAGAAGCGAGGCAAGACCAAGGAUGGCGAGGCCGACAAUGAGGUUCGAUACGCGGACAUCAACCGCGCAGUUACCGAUCAAGAGAUCUCCUCGAUCCGGAAGGCCGCCAUGGAUGCUGGACUCUGGCGGUUCAACGACCCACCAAAACAUGAAGGGUUUGCUAUCUGA